AGUUGCUGAAGCCAAGAACCUAAUUCCGAUGGACCCUAAUGGACUGUCAGAUCCUUUUGUGAAACUCAAACUCAUUCCAGACCAGAAACGAGAGACUAAGAAGAAGACUAGAACCAUCAAAGGAAGCCUAAAUCCAACCUGGGGAGAAUCAUUUGAUUUUAACUUAGAAGACUCGGACAGGAACCGGAGGCUCCUGGUUGAGGUGUGGGACUGGGACCGUGCUACCCGCAACGACUUCAUGGGUGCCCUCUCCUUUGGCAUCUCAGAGCUGAUGAAGUCCGGUGUAGAUGCCUGGUACAAGCUCCUGGGCCAGGAAGAAGGGGAAUACUACAAUGUGCCAGCAAUCGCGGAGACAGAAUCCAUCGAUGAACUCACUUCUAAUAUAAAGAAACUACCAAUGCCUACCCAAGAGCCUGUAAAGCCUCAGAACUCUAACUCAACGUCAAGUAUGGGUGUUGUUAGAGCAAGCGAUUUCAACUUCCUAUCAGUGCUUGGAAAAGGCAGCUUCGGCAAGGUUAUGUUAGCGGAGAAGAAAGGUACCGAUGAACUCUACGCCAUCAAGAUCCUGAAGAAAGAUGUCAUCAUCCAGGACGACGAUGUGGAGUGCACCAUGACGGAAAAGAGGGUCCUGGCCUUGCCCAACAAACCCGCUUUCUUGACGGCGCUUCACUCGUGCUUCCAGACAAUGGACAGACUCUUCUUUGUCAUGGAGUUCGUCAAUGGGGGAGAUCUCAUGUUCCAGAUCCAGAAAGUCGGCAAGUUCAGGGAACCUCAUGCUGUAUUCUAUGCAGCAGAGAUUGCAGUAGGCUUAUUCUACCUCCAUUUACAAGGUGUAAUUUACAGAGAUCUCAAACUAGAUAAUGUACUAGUGGACGCAGAAGGUCACAUCAAGAUUGCUGACUUUGGUAUGUGCAAGGAACACAUGAACGAGGGCGACACAACAAGAACAUUCUGCGGAACACCAGACUACAUCGCACCCGAGAUUGUAGCAUACCAGCCAUAUGGCAAGGCUGUUGACUGGUGGGCCUUUGGUGUUUUACUGUAUGAAAUGUUAGCAGGACAGCCUCCAUUUGAUGGUGAAGAUGAAGAUGAAUUGUUUCAAUCUAUCAUGGAACAUGUACCCUCAUAUCCCAAAUCAAUGUCAAGAGAAUCUGUGACCAUGUGCAAAGGGUUUUUGACGAAGCAUCCUGGUAAGCGGUUAGGAAGUGGACCUACAGGGGAACAGGACAUCAGGGAGCAUCAAUUCUUCCGUCGCAUCGACUGGGAGAAACUAGCUAACAGAGAAAUACAGCCUCCGUUUGUGCCGUCAGUGAGAAACCCCAGAGCCGCUGAAAACUUUGACCCCUAUUUCACAAAAAUCCCGUGUGCGCUUACCCCGACCGACAAACUCAUUAUCAUGAAUAUUCAGGAAGAAUUCCAAGGCUUUACCUUCGUGAACGAGGUCUUCGAUGGCUAUGUGCGUAGUGUGCCCAGCUAAUGCCCAGUUUGUAGCUCCCACCGUCGCUGUUGCUACGCCUGGUCGGUGUUCCCAACGUAUCCAAAAUGUCACCAGUUCAUACAUGUGCUGUCCUUUUUCUUUCUUUUUGUUACUUGAUGUGUACAUAGUACAUGUAGGUAGUACAUGUAGAAGUGGAUGUAGUCAUGAGUGCCUGAAGAAAGUGAAUCGGUACAUUAUUUUGUGUGACAAGUUUUUUGGCAUUACAGAAAAUAGUGGAAAUGAAAUGAUGCCAUAUAAUUGGAUGUCAUUUUGUCCAAAAAGAAGUGUUUGUACUUUAUUUGUCUGUGUUUCAUAGGAGAAUCAUUUUCAUGAUUUAUGUGUACAUGAAUCUAACUUUUUUUUAAUGCCCACCUAUAGUUUUAAGAUUUCAGUAUUUUUUUCCCAAAUUUAUUUUUAAAUACCUUAUCCAUAAUACAUACAUGUAGGAGAGAUAGCAUUGUAUUUAAUUGAUCUUGAAAUUCAGAAUAGUUCAUGAUCAUUUAUCAUAGAAUCCAUGUGGGGUUAUAGAAGUUCAGGUUCAAGAUGUACUAGAUAAAAAUACAAAAUUUUCUCCAUAUCUCCUUUGAUAGUCAAUAAUAAUUAUGAAUUCAUUAAUUCUUCAUGUAUUUGUUGAUUUAUUCAUGUGUUUGCUAUGUUCACCCCAUGAUUAAGAAAACCUUUUUUUUCUUUAGUUCUCUGUUUAUACAUGUAUGAUACGGCAUAAUGAAAAAUAUAUUAAAGAGAGAAAACACAAGAAAAUGGAAAUGAUAACAUGAAAAAGACACUUAACAAACAUCCUUUAUGAGUAUUUAAACUAUAUGACAGGUUUGCUUUAAAACCAAAUUUGUGGAUCUCUCUACCUCAUUCAUUAUUCUGUCUUUGAUUAAAAAGGGAGUAUUCACAUAUGCCCCCGUUACAAAAACACCCAUACUUAGAACCUGUUCAGGCCCUCCCCUCCCAACAAACAACCCCCCCC